CACUUAAUUACAAAAUAUGGAUUGCUUAAUCACUCUUCCAUUCCUCCUCCUCCUCUGCUUCUUCACAUCUAGCUACGCCACCAACAUUGAAGUUCAUAACAACUGUCCCUUCACCGUAUGGGCGGCAGCAACCCCAAUUGGCGGCGGCCGGCGGCUCGACCGAGGCCAAAACUGGACCAUCAACAUUCCACCCAACUCAAAACCAGGACGCGUAUGGGGUCGCACAAAUUGCAACUUUGAUGGUAGCGGAAGGGGUUCAUGCCAAACUGGUGACUGUGGUGGGGUGUUACGGUGCACCGGGUGGGGCAAACCGCCAAACACCCUAGUUGAGUAUGCCAUAAACCAAUUCAACAACUUAGACUUCUACGACAUCUCGCUUGUUGAUGGAUUCAACAUCCCCUUGAGUUUCUCUCCCACCAAGCCCAUUGACAAAUGCCGCGCAAUCUCAUGCACGGCUGAUAUCGUUGGCCAAUGCCCCGCCGCUCUCAGGGAUCCCGGAGGAUGUAACAAUCCUUGCACUGUCUUUAGAACACCAGGGGAUUGUUGCACCAAUCCAUCAACAUGUAAUCCUUCAUAUUAUUCAAGGUUUUUCAAGACCAACUGCCCUGAUGGUUAUAGGUACCCUAUGGAUGAUGCCACCAGCACUUUCACUUGCCCUGGAGGAACCACUAAUUAUAGGGUUGUCUUCUGCCCAUUAAACUAAUCAUGUAGGGAUUUGUGAAAGUAUAUUUUAAUUUGUUGUGACUAUAAUCUAACCUGCUAUCUAGUAGUAUUUGCUCAACAACAUGAAUCAAGUAGGGAUUUGUACUGUGAAAGUAUUAAUUCAUUAUAAUGUUAUGAAUAAAUUAAAGGCCUUGAAAUCUUUGUUAAAAAGGUUAGUUUAAUUACCUUGCAGUAUAGAUGCCAAAGACCUUGUGGUUUAAUUGUUGACUCUUUGUGCUUCAAUAGCUCGGUUGAAGAGAUACUACAUUGUAAUUGUAAUAGAGUCAGUAGUAGUCAACAAGAGAAGUAUAGAUUAUCUAUAUAUAAAGAUGACUUAUUUUCGUUUAUA